AUGAAAAAUGAUAAUACGAUAAUUUACAAGAACAAUACCUGGAGUAUAUACAAUAAUAAGCCUAACUCCUCUGGGAAUAAAAAAAAAAGCCGAGUGGAAUAUUUAACCUUAUUGGGAAAGGGUCAGCUGUUUGAAGAUAUCCAAAAAGAAAAUGAUGAGAAAAAGGAAGAAGUAACGGACAUGUAUAUUUACACAGGGAAGGGGGUUGAAAAAGUUUCAAUAAAUACAACUACAAAAGAUAGAAAAGUAGAAACGAAUAAAAUUUAUCGAUAUCAAUAUAUAAAGGAGAAAAUAUCAAAUGCUUUAAAAAAUCAGGAAAAGAUAAAACAAAAUACGAGUGAGAAUAACUUUCCAAAUGUUGGGGAUAGUGAUCCAAGAGAUGUUUUUAUUUUUGAUAAGUUUAAAAAUGAAAUCAGCAUUUUUAACCACAAGAAGAGUAAUGAAGAAAGUGACGACAAAAAAAAGCUAGAUGAUACCUCACAAGGAAUAUUUCUUAUGGAAGGUUCGCAUGCACAUGAAGAUGUGUAUAAUAUAGAAUGUGCAUUACCCAUUAAAAAUGUUUGUGAAGUUGACGAUGUAAUUCCAAAUUUAGAUAUAAGUAGCGCGAUAAAUGAAUCUUUUAUCUCGAACAAUGUGAUAAAACCCUUUAGCUUCCUAAAGGAGAACGCAGAAAUUCAAUUAGGAAAGAAUAAGAACCAUGAUGAAGAUGAAGGACCCGUUUACAAAAUGGAAGAAAAUAUAUAUACGAAAAAAUUGGAGGACCAAACGGAUUUUAAUGAUAAGAAGAACAUAAUUCAGAAUGAAAUAUCAUCUGAUGGGGAAGCCCUAACAAAAACUAACGGUGACUUUUACAUAUACACGGAAAAAUGUAGUGACAUAAGUAGUGAAUCAAAUGAUGAAAUGUAUUCAGAACCAGAAGUGAAUACGUUGAAAUUGGAAUACGAACCUCCAAAAGAAAAGGUUUUGCCACAUUCUAAAUACCAAAAGGAUCAGUGGAAAAAAAGAGGAUAUUUCCAAACAGAUCGAAUGAAGGAAAGUUAUAAAAAAGGAAGUGAUGAUGCAAACACACCCCAUUAUGAAAAUAACCCAUAUAAAAAUAAUCGGCAUGAGAAUAAUCGGCAUGAGAAUAAUCGGCAUGAGAAUAAUCGGCAUGAGAAUAAUCGGCAUGAAUAUAAUUGGAAUGAAAAUAACUGGAAUGAACAUAACUGGAAUGAAAAUAAUCGUCAUAAAAAUAACUGGCAUGAAAGCAACCCUUAUGAAAAUUUUACACAUGAAGAGAGUGUGCAAGAUUGUAAAAGAUAUGAACGUACAAUGAAUUAUGGCCAGAACGACGAAUUUCAGAAAGUGCAAAAAGAAAUAGAAUGUCUGAACUUGGACAUUGUCAAUGCAAAGCACAAAAUGCAAACAAUCAAUAACCAAAAGAGUGGAAAAAUAAAUGUUCUGAAUAACAAAAUUAACAUUUUAAAGAGCAAAUUAAUUGAUAACCACAUAAAUAAUCUAAAUGACGAUAUAAAUAUUGUCAAUAGUGAAAUCGAUAUUUUAUUCACGAAAAAAAUUAAUAAAAUGUAUAAACAAAUAGAUUACUACGCGAAAAUUUUAAACGAACAGUUAGAUAAGAAACUAUCAAGUGAAAACAUACAUGAAAGUUCCAAUUCGCUCGUGUGUAGCUAUAUACAAAGACAAAUAAGUAACAUUAAAAUUCAGAUAAAUAAUUUACAUGAUCAGGUAAAUAAUCAUAUGUAUAUGCAAAAAAGCAAUAAGAUGUUUAACCAAAUGAAUAGCCAAAUUAACAACUUCAGUAACCAGAUUAGCCACCACAUUGACCAUCAGAUUGAUCACCACAUUGGCCAUCAGAUUGAUCACCAGAUCGAUCAUCAUAUUGAUCACCAGAUCGAUCAUCAUAUUGGUAAUCAGGUAGGAGGACACACAAAAAAAGACCCCAGUAGAAAAGGGAAAAAUGGACACUUGGCCCAUCGGGGCACCUGUAAGGACUCACUCAGAGAAACAGACUUACAACAACAUUACCAUGAAAAACAUAUACAAAAAAAAAAAGGUUUUGUCAAAGACGAAAAUAAUCUCAACAAUUCUUACAAUCUCCGUAAUAACAUUCAUGGUGAUCUCCACAUGAAUAUGAACAUAAACAAAAUAAAUGUGGGGACAAACAAUUCAAAUUAUGAGAAAAUAAAUAAUAUUUUCAAUGAAAAUAGUAAUAAUCAUUCUGGCAACAAAGGCGAUGAUUCAUAUUUUAAGAAUGAGGAAUAUCAAAGUGAAACAGGAUUCAACACAUCCGAUGAAAAUAUUACAAAAUAUGAAACAAAGUGGAGUAAAUUAUACCAAGAUAGAAGCAAAGAAUACUUUUCAAGUAAAAAUAACAAAAGAAUAGUUCAAAAAAGGAGGAAAAUAAAAAAGGAAAAUCGAUCAUACUAUGAUCAUUAUGAACAAAAAAAGAAAUUAAUUAACAUGUUUAAUCGUAUAUCCAAGCGAAAAAACGAUAAGUAUAUCGAAGAAACAGACAAGAUGAUUUCCCUUCCAGAUAAUCACACAAGUGAUGUUCCCAACAAAUGUGGAUACAAAAUGGGUUCACAAAUUCCUGUUAAUAAAGAUGACAUACGUAAUGAUUCCCCAUACAAAAAUGAAAUUCUGUUCCAAGACAACAGGAUAAGCAAUCCUAAGUAUCAUGAUAUUUUGGAUGAAGAAGAAUCAUCAGUGGAAAACAGUGAAGAAUAUAAUAAAGUGGAUGAAAUUGACAUAGCAGAUGAAAACAAGAAAAUAAUUCCAAGAGACAAACGAAUUCAUAAAGAACAAAGCGGAGAAGAAGAUAACCCUUUGAAUGAUGAGAAGUUAAUUUAUUUAAAAAACAAGUUGAUGCAAUUGAAUUUAUAUAAAAUGAAUCAAAAACGAAAAAAAGAAACAAACGAACUAAACAAUAAUGAUGUGAAAGAUAAUACCAAUAAAUAUGUAAAUGAAAAUUUACAAAAUGUAACUCACACAGGAAUACUCCCGUUGAAAGAUAAAAAUAUCCAAUCUGUAACCCAUAUAGAGAAUGGUAACAACUCAAACGAAUUCUUGUCAUGUAAGCAUGUAACGGGUGACAAUAUGAAUAGCAGAAGUGAAGCGUAUAAGUCAAUUACUCUAGAAGAAAUCCAAAAUAAUGACAAUAAUCGAAGUCACGAAAAUAUUUAUGGAAGCAACAGUGCGAAAUAUCAGGAAAAAGAGCUAACUAGCAAAAACAAUAUAGAAAAGGAAAGUUACUUUUUUGAGAACAUUAAUCAUUUAAAUAAUUCCAGAGACUUCACAUCAAUGUUUAAAGAACUUAUUGGAGAAAAAAAUGAGGAAAAUGAAAAAAACAUAAUACACAAUUCUAAUGGCGACACACACACGGAUAAAAUGAUUGAUGAUUCUUGCUUUAAUGAAAAGUCAAAAGUAUUUCAAAAUGUUGAUAAAGAGAAGACGGUCAAAGAAGAAAAUAACGUAGAUAUGCUGAGACAUUUUUUUUUCUUUAAAAACGAAACAAACUGCUUAGAUAAUCUACAAACGACGAUUAGUAUAGAUAAUACAAAUGCUUCCCAAGAGGACGCAGCAGAUAAUCAAAUACAAUGGAAAGAGACAAAUACAUCUCCCGGAACAGGUGAAACAACAAAAGAAAAAUUUAGGAGUACAGAAAACACACAGAUGGAAAAUACAUUUACAAUAGACAAAAUUUACAACUACACUGUUAAUUAUUACAACCAAAUGAACGACCCAAACGAGGGGGAAAAAAACAAGCAAAAGGAGGUUGUAAACGAACCAAAUGCAUUCAUUUAA